AUUAUUUACCGGUAAAAAUCACAUUUAAAUUUUAACGUUAGAUUGCCAUGGCAAGGCCAACGUUGUACCGGCUCAACCGCGUAGCGAAGGAGGUUGGUGUCGAUAAGAAGACGCGUAAGGAGAUUUCCAAAGCAUCUGGCAAGCCGGCAUCUAAGCCCGUAUCGAUUAUUCCUAAAGUGGGUGUAAGUGCUCUUGAUAACGAGCAUAUAACUGUUACUGAGGAGUCAAUAAAGAAGGCAGUGUCGGCCCUUAAAAAACGUGCUGAGGCUGAGCGUGAGAGCCGAACGUUAGAUUUACUUGAAGAUCCAUCACGUUGCUACGUUCAUUUGCAGAUAUUCUUGCAUAAAGUUUUCCCUGAAACUCAUAUAAAACCGUUGAAAAUACAGCUUCAGUAUCCUAUUUAUCGUGGAAAGGAUAUAUGUAUCUUUGUGAAGGACCCUCAGAAAGAGUGGAAGAAGACCCUCGGCGAUUUGAAAAUCCGUGAGAUACAGAAGGUAAUUGGUGUGGAAAAGUUACGCAAGAAGUACAAGGAGUAUAAGGAUAGACGGCUUUUGGUGAAUAGUUUCGACUUAUUCUUGAGCGACCAAAGGGUCGCUCCAUCAUUACCCACAUUGCUGGGUAAGAUUUUCAUUGAGAAGAAAAAGAUGCCCAUAUCUUUGACACUAGGUCGUGGUAGUAUGCGCGACCACAUUGUAUCGGCAAUAAAUUCUACUUUUUAUAGGGUCGGUAUUGGUAAAUGCAGUAGUGUCAAGGUUGCCGUGUCAUCGAUGUCCGUUGAUGAGGUUGUGGCUAAUGUUCAAGACUGCAUUGAAGCCAUAAAGCGUUUUCAUAUGACAGAUGCCACCUACAAGUCUAAGAUAUCUGGUAUCUAUAUUAGCUGGGAGGGAGUGGAUUCACUUUGUUUGUACAGUGAGGAGUUAGAGGCUGUUGAGGAUAUUAUUAGUACACUUUCUAAAACAAAGGAAGCCACAGCUGAAGAAUAGAACUAUAUCGUCUACCGGAAUUACCUUGUGCACAUAG